AUGGGAGCAUCUGUCUUUGGAAGCUAUAUCCGAUCAAUUAAGGAAACGAUCGGCAGAAUAGGAGGCUGCGGGCGGGGCUCAGGGAAAGGGACCCCCGCCUGCAAGUUAUUCAAAGAUAAGUCAAGUAUCAAAAGAGUGGGAGACUGGGAAGGUGAGAACAUUCCAGGCAGUUGGGAUACGUGGAUGACAGGAUAUUUGUCUCGGAUGAGCAGGAAUAUCUGUAUUAUGGCUGAAUUGUGGAUCACAGGUCUGGAUCUGAAAUAUCAGGGCGGAAGUCGAGUCUUAGGCGGAACAUGUAGCUAUCCAGAUUUCCGGCAGUUUAUGAAGCAAGGGGGGGGAGGAAGUCAAUGUGAAGUCCAGGUACAAAAGUCUCACUGGAUACAGCUAAUGACAACCCCUGAAUUAAAUAUGAAGCAGGAGAACCAGAAGGAGUUACAGUUAUGUAUGGAAAUAGUUAAGAUUCUGAUGUUAACCUUACAAAUAAAGAGAAAACACUCCAAAUUGAACGUUGACUCAGACUCGCAGCAGGAAAUAUGUGAGAAGGCGUAUAGAGAACUGAAAGACUGGGGAGGUGAAGAAUUGGCCCUGAGGAUCAUGAGUGCUUGGUUCAUCACGGACGACUGGCCAAAAGCGUAUAAGGAAGAAUUACCGUUGGCAGGUAGGGAUAUGUUUGAGAUCAUAACAGAGGAAAUAAUGGGCCUGGAUUCCGGCAUCAAGGGGUUAACGUGCAAGUAUAUCGGGGAGCAGCAGAAACCUGGGGCUUCGGGGAUAGUACCUGUUAAAACAGUUUGCACGGAGGAUGUUAAGGGGGCCUCAAAAUUCGUGGAAAAGGAGUGGCAGACGGAAGAGUUGGAGACGAGGGCAGGUGAACAGGAAAGUAUAUUACAACAGGUGAAUCAAGGACUGAAUAGGAAGAACAAUUCGGAACAGGGAGCCCCUGCACACCCAGGGGAGCCACCCAGAGGCGCGCAUAUGGCUGGCAUUAUUGGGGGGGCGAUAUUGACUCUGGCACUCACCUGCCUCAGUGUUUAUGGCCUAAUUAGAAUUUUUCGACCAAGAGAGCGUCGGAGAUUGAUCCCUCUGUGGACAAGGAGGAGUAAUGGAAGGAUAAGGUAUACUGCUGGACGGGGAGGAUAG